AUGUCAACUCCAUCGAAGGAAUUGACAGAACAAGAGAAGAUCAAAAAGCAGUAUUACGAUCUUCUCGAAGAUCUUGGCUAUCCACCCGAAAAAAGGGAGCUACUAGCCAAAAAUGUUAAAGAAAUGAAAGAAUUUAUUGAAAGAGACGUCGAAACAAGCAAACAGACAAAGCCACCUCAAUACUUCUUUGACCAGCUAAAGAAAGAGCUCUCAUAUGAAGAUGUUAAUGAGUUGUACAGACAAACUAAAAUUUGCAAGUUCUCAUAG